AUGAUCAAUACCUCCCGCUCUGCGACGACCACCGCUGCCAGUACGACAGCUGUCGGAAUCCUCGAGACGGCGGCGCUGGUGUGUUCUGUCGAUCUCACACUUGCAACGAGCCUUACUGCGGUGCCUUUGCUCCAGGCACAGAUCCAGACGACCCUCAACGCUUCUGCGAGCGUCAUCGUCAAUGCCUUAGACCGCACUGUCCACGCCUCUGCCAUACUCGCGAGAACGGACACCCCACACCUUUCUGUGGCAUCCAUGACAGAAGAGGAUGUGGCCGAAGACCUGAACACGGCAGUCCAUUCUGCCAACACCACAUCUGUCACGUCCACGACUGUCCAGCCCCUAGGACCCGAUCAUCCCAGUUCUGCGUUGAUCACGAGUGCCCUGUAA